AUGGCUCCCUCCAACCCCAAACCGCUCAAAGACCUCGCCAACCCAACCCUACUAGGCGACCCCGUCAGUCUCCGCGCCGAGACCUCCAACACCGAACCCACCGAACACGACCGCGGCGCCAAAGGAUCCGACGGCAAGAAGUCUCUGAAGCAGAUCGCAGAGCAGAAGAUGAAGACGAAUCCUUCACAAUUGGGGGAUCCUGUCUCGUUGAAGGCGGAGACGUCGGAUACGGAGCCGACGGAGGAGGAUCGGGGGGCUUUGGGGACGAGUGGGAAGAGGGGGAGUGGGAGGUCGAAGAUUUAG